CAAAAAUUUCACCAUCAAAUCAAAUCUCCUUCAUCAAAAAAGUUAGAGAGAGAAGAGUUUUAGCCCUUUUUGCCCUUUGAAAUUCUUCCUCUACCCUUCUCCUUUGCAGGGGCAUAUAUUGUUCAAUUUUAUAUUGGAUUUUGAAUAUGGAGAAUGAGGAUUUGAUAAUUGGGGACAAUCAAGAUUCAUUGUUGAGGCAGAAUCAAUAUUUAGAAUCAGGGGAUAUUCACAAUUCAGAUUUUGCUCACAUAAUCAAUGAUCAUCAUAAUUUUGAUGCUGAUCAUACUGAUGUUUCUAUUGAUUAUAUUCAAGAUUUGGGGUUAGGGCACACUCAUGAGACCAGUGAUGAACCAGCUGAUAGCAAGGCUAUUGUUGUUCAAAACCAUAGCAAUGGGGGAGAGGAUGAAAGUCAUUUAGCCAGUGAGAAUCAUGAUUCUGCUGUAGUAGAGUACCGCGAUUUUUGUCAGAACGACGAGUUGAGUAUGAUGCCUGUAUCUGAUGGGACUUAUCAGAUGCCGUUGGCUGUUAGAAGCUCUUCUGUUCCUUACUUUAAACCGGUAGAGCUGACUGUUGGGCAAGAGUUUCCUGAUGUUCAUAGCUGUCGAAGAGCGUUUCGUGAUGCGGCUAUUGCUUUUCGGUUUGAGAUGCAUACAAUUAAGUCUGACAAGACUCGUUUCACAGCGAAAUGUGCAACUGAAGGAUGUCCUUGGCGGAUUCAUGCUGCGAAGCUUCCGGGUUUGCCUACGUUCACAAUCAGGACUAUUCAUGAGGAACAUACUUGCGGUGGAAUUAGACAUCUUGGUCAUCAACAAGCAUCGGUUCAAUGGGUUGCGGAGUCCGUAGAAACUCACCUUCUCGAAAAUCCACAUUCCACUCCCAAGGAGAUACUUGAAGAGAUUUAUCGAGCUCAUGGGAUCACGUUAUCGUAUAAGCAAGCAUGGAGAGCGAAGGAGAGGGUUAUGGCUAGUGUUCGUGGAUCAUUUGAGGAAGAAUAUCGCCUACUUCCGCAGUACUGUGAUCAGAUUGUAAGGACGAAUCCCGGAAGCAUUGCAGUGGUCUAUGGAAAUCCUGUUGAUGAUUGUUUUGAGAGACUAUUUAUCUCAUUCCAGGCAUCAAUUUACGGGUUCUUGAACGCGUGCAGACAUCUUAUUGUACUUGAUCGAACUCUUUUAAAGAGCAAGUACCAUGGAACUUUGCUGUUUGCCACUGGAUUUGAUGGAGAUGGGGCUGUGUUUCCUCUAGCAUUUGGGCUGGUUGAUGAUGAAAAUGUGGAUAAUUGGAUGUGGUUUCAUUCCGAGCUGCAUAAUCUGCUUGAAGCCAACACUGAAAACAUGCCAAAACUUACAAUUCUGUCCGAUAGACAAAACGGUAUCAUUGAUGGAGUAGAAGCUAACUUCCCAACGGCUUUUCACGGUUUCUGCAUUAAUCAACUUAUCGACAGAUUCGUGCAGGAUUUCAACUCAGUACCUUCUAAUCUCGUAUGGGAAGCCGCUACCGCUCUCACUCCAACUGAAUUUGGACAGAAAAUGUUAGUAAUUGAAAACAUGUCGCAACAAGCAGUCUACUGGUUAAGAUGUAUUGACCCACGAUUAUGGGCUGUCGCAUAUUUUGAAGGAACGAUACUCGCUCAAUUUGCGCCUAAUUUAUCUGAAUCGCUAAACACUCUGAUACUUGAAACAUCUGGACUUCCGGUAAUCCAAAUGAUGGAGCAUAUUCGUAGAAAGCUGAUGACUUGGUUUAGUGAUCGUCGUGAAAUGAGCUUACAAUGGACAGGCAUGCUUGUUCCAUCGGCUGAAAGGCAAGUAUUCGAGGCUAUUAAGCUUGCGCGAAGUUGUCAAGUUGUGAAAGCAAAUGAUGCUGAGUUUGAAGUGAGUUGUAACAACUUCGCAUCACAUACAGUAGAUAUUCGAUGCCGUACAUGUUCUUGUCGGGGUUGGCAAUUACGAGGUCUACCUUGUGUUCAUGGUGUAGCUGCUCUUAUCUCUUGUGGGCAAAAUGUGUACAAGUAUACGGAGGAUGUUUUCACAGUGGCAAAUUAUCGCAAGGCGUAUUCACAAGCCAUACAUCCGAUUCCUGACAAAGCGUUUUGGAAUGAAGAAUAUAGCGAUGAUGUUGAGAUUGCGAUAAGGCCUCCGAAAUCACUUCAACCACUGCCCGGAAAACCAAGGAAAAAGCGAGUGCGAGCUGAAGAUGGCGGUGGUCGUGUUAAACGAGCUGUGCAUUGCAGCCGUUGUCAUCAGACUGGACAUUUUAGAACAACUUGUGCAGUUCCGAUAUAGGUAAUACCUUAGAAACAUGGCAUAUUCCUUUAUAGAGGUAUAACGUAGCUUUUUCUUUUUUGGUUUCUUAUAGUUGGUCUUUUGCUGUUUAUUAAGUAGCACGGACACUUCAUUCAUCAACGUUUUCCGUUUCAAAAACAUGUCAGAAACUUGGUGUUCCAAACACAACUUCACUUUAACAUAAAAAAACUUAAAAAUAACACUGUUUUCCCAUAUCCAUGUCCCAUUUCCAUGCUGCAUAGUCAUUUAUCUUUUAUUAUAGCAGAUUUUGUAUAUUGUUAACCAAAUUCUUUUGAAAAGGUGGCGACCCAAUACAAUUAGAGUAGUCCAAUUU